AUGUUUCAGCGUCUUGUAGAUCGAUUGAGUGAUAGUGCAGAUCUUUCGUCGCGAAAUUCACUGUUAUUGCGAUUUUACUUUCUCUUCGCGUUGGUGGUGCUAUACUUCACGUAUCAGCGUGCAUUUGCUUGGGGCAAACGCCGACGGAGUAGGGCCGCUUUCUACGCCUCCGUCGAGCAGAAAUGGCAUGAGCUUUUGGAGAUGUAUAACGAAAAUCGGGACGGUUUGGAGACUUCUGUUGCUGCUGCUGCCAUUCUUUUUCUAGCUGCUAGUCAGAAUAAACAGGAAAGCGAUCCUUUUGUGCUACCCACGCCUGAAAAACUAUUCAGGGAGGUGCGACCGCCUCGAGAACAUUUUUACGUGAUUUCAGGCGGAUAG